CGUAGGUGCAUGAGGGGUGCGCCGCGCCAGUAGUGCUUGAAACCGGAUUAGUUCCCCGAUUCUCGCGCAGCAGCGGCGGCCGGCCGCAUCAAAAUCGGAGGAGGAGGUAAUUGAGGGGGAACAGCGCUAGCACGGCGCGGGCAGGCUGCGAGGAGGGGCGUUCUUCCCGUGUGGGCGGGCCGAGCAACGAUAACUGCAGCAAUUGUUGCCUCGAUGCGAGCCACCGCGGUUGUUUUUGUUUGUUCCGACGAGUACCAGGAAUGUUUGUUCAUUUCUAACCGGCUGCUAGUCUAAUAAUAAUAGUACCUCCUCCGUCCAAAAUAAGUGACUUGGAUUAUACAAAUCCACUUAUUUUGGGACGGAGGGAGUAGUACUAAUAAAGGAUGCACUGAUCCGGGUCGUCUUAUUCGCAGUUUCAUCAUCUGAGCUUUAGUGUUGAGGUCUGGCGGCACUCCACCCUCACCCCCACACGAAACUUGAAAUGAUGUCUAUUAGAUUGGCUGCAUUGGACAUUGUCAUCAUACGUGCUGUGCACUGCAUGUUCAGCGGAAGUCAAGCAAGCAGAUAUGGAGUUUUUUGUUUGUUGGACAUGUGUGUGAAUUUCGUCCCACCAACGGUUCCAUUGUGGUCUAGUGUGUAUCCGAUUCUGUCUUCCUGCUUUAUGAAUGUUCAGGUGAUUGAACUUGGGUAUAUGUGUUUUAAUGCCCUGCUUGGCAAUGGCCACCACGAAAUUGAUGUCCAGAUUGAAAGAGUGGCUGCACCAAAUGGGACAGUUUGGGUUUGAAGCUUAACUUCUUGGAACUCCUCUGAUCUCGUGGGUAUUUGUAUGAGCUCACGAGACAUUCAGCAUGAAGCUUUUAGAAUACACCCCGUUCGACAGUUUAAAUGUGUUCCUUGAUGAACUGAACCUUGGUGAUUGUACAAUUAGGGGAACCCUUGAAGCCUUCUCAUGCAAACAUGCUGGGAAUGAUCGUCGGCUUUCAAUAAGUCUAGAACAUGAGAUUCUUGAUUACCUCGGGAAGUCUUCUGACAGUGAUCCUCCUUCACCUGUGGAGCAUUUGUCUUGUAGAUCCAGCCGGAAAAUGCUGAUUUAUCUAGUUCUCACUCUUGGUCAUAUGUAUCCGGAUUAUGAUUUCAGUGCUGUUCGGGCACACCUAUUCUUCAGAGAAGAAGAUUGGGAAAGUUUCAAGCAGAUGCUAGACACCUACUUAUCAGAGACUUCCACGCUCUGGGCGGCAAACACUGAUGGUUGUUCUCUUCUAGACAGUAUGACUAAAGUUAUAGAUGAGGUUAUCAAAAUCAGGGAGUGUGACAUCUACAGCUACAACCCAGACUCUGACGGGGAUCCAUUUCUGGAGAAAGGGGCCAUAUGGUCGUUCAACUUUUUCUUCUACAAUCGGAAGCUAAAGCGGGUCGUGAGCUUUCGGUGCUGUUGUACCAGCAAAUUAGCAGGAGAUGACUUCCUAGCCGGUGCAAUCUCCGAUGGCGAGGAGGAAGAUGCGUUGAUCGACAUGGACAUAUGACUGACUCGGCCCCGCUAGGAAACAUGACCAACCAACCAGUGUGACCUGUUUGUGUAAUAUACCAUGACACAUAUAUGAUGGCAGUUCCCUGUAGGAACCUCCUAGCGUAUCUGGAGAUCAUACGACCAGACCAGGACUCUGUUACCUAUGUUUAUGUAAUUAUGUUUGUAGAUUCAAUAUGCCCUAUACAUUUGUUAGAUUAUGAGAACUGACUUCAAUUCUGCACGGUUUUAACUAUACAUGUAGCAGUCUUAUGGCUGUAAACUGGGUUGUCAAAUUCAGAUUAGGUCCAUCAUCUGUAAUACUGUGCACGUUUGAUCCCUGUGAGACUUGUCGUUUCUGCA